ACUCACUUUCGUCCUUAGCAGCUUGCUUCGGUACGUGGUGAGAGACGUUUAUCAUUGCUUACGUUUUUCAAUAGUCUCUCGGACACACAGUUGUGGAAAACUCCAGUACUAGCUGAGCGGCAGCGGAGGGUCGUACUGACUCGCACAGUAGUUUACCAACCGGCUGAUAUGCCCAUGGCGGCGGCUUCAAAACCCUGCAGAGGUUCCACUUGUCGGAGUGUGCUGCUGACGGCUGUCGUUGUAUUGCUGCUCUCGCCGAGUCAUCCGGUGUCCUCUCUAGACUGGUGUAUCCCCUGGUACUUCUGGCGCGAGAUUGAAGUCGGUGCUGGUUGGCCUCAGCAUCGUUACUAUGGCAGCGGUCUCAACGGGAUUGAUCUCUGCUUAAACUGCAACACUAGCGGCGGUUUCGAGCGCUAUCCGUUCAAGGAGUAUGCCGACACGCUGGGAGAGUUCAUGAUGGACGCUCGUCUCAACUGGCAGAACUCGCCACGCUUCUACUGGCUGCGCGAACACUCGGAAAUCAUAUUGUAUGAAAUCACUAUCUCACCCAUCGGCGCCCCACACAUCACUGAAAGGAUAUCCAAGUAUCUGGAGAAGAACAAUCGUCCACUGAAAGAGGCCUACAUGGGUCGAGUUCUUGAUCACAGCUUUCAGAUUUCCUGUAGCAAUGUGUCCAGUCAACCUGAGCUCUGGUCCGUCUACUAUAACAUGACCAUAACGUACCCAAUCCGCAAAACCCUCAUAGUGCGUGUACUGCAGACAGUGGUGUGCAAUACAAUGGGCCCACCAUCAAGUGUGGUCACAACGCAAGAGGUUACUGCCAUUCCGGCAACCAGCACUGUCCGCCAGGCACCUGCCACCGGCACCACGGCUCAAAAGAAAGACGAUGUGUUUAUUGUCCUCUUGAUAGCCAUAGCCGGCAUUGCUGUAUCCGUGGCGGCCAUCCUUGUCUUUGUCAUUUACUAUAGAAAGAACAGAAAGAUGAGGAAGAAGCAGAUUCAGCGCAAGAAUGAAAAUGGUCGUCGUCGCCAACAAGCUCAUCCGUUUGCAGACUGUUUGAUCGGCGCUGGGGAGGUUGUAUCCGAGAAUGAGAUUGGAAAAGGUGCAUUUGGUGUUGUCUACCUUGGAACAUACCAGGGAGAGAGUGUGGCUAUCAAAACAAUGAGAGUGAACGGAUCUAUCACCGAACAGCAGGUCUACAACUUUCUCCAGGAGGCCGUCACCAUGAAGCAGUUCAACCACGCCAACCUGCUCAACUUGAUCGGUGUCUGUCUGCCGGAGAACGCCUCUCCGCAGAUCAUUGUGCCGUACAUGGACCGGGGUGAUCUGCAUACGUUCCUGCGCAACCACAACGCAUCCGUGCCCAAGCCGUUCCGUACGUCCGAGUCCGACCAGGAUACGGAGGAGCUGAGUAGCAAUGAGCUAUAUGCUGUCAUGCUGCAAGUGGCCUUGGCCAUGGACUAUCUCAGUUCAAAGAAUUUCGUUCACAGGGAUCUGGCAGCUCGCAAUUGCAUGCUGGACCGUGACCUGAUAGUGAAGGUUGGUGACUUUGGUCUGGGGCGUCACAUGUACGAUGAAGAGUACUAUCGUGCUAACAGCGAGUUCAUGCUGCCCGUCAAGUGGAUGGCUCCGGAGAGCCUGCGCUACUACAAGUUCACCUCCAAAUCAGAUGUGUGGUCGUUUGGAGUGCUGAUGUGGGAGGUUGAAUCCCUCGGCCGCAUUCCCUACCCGGGUAUCAGCAAUGCCGAGAUUGCCGACUUCGUCUCCGAUGGCAACCGAUUGUCCCAGCCCGAUAGAUGCCCAGAUCAACUAUACCACCUGAUGAAGAUCUGUUGGCAAGACAACCCAAUCCAUCGACCGACAUUCUCAAGAAUCUUGGAGUUCAUGGAGGACUACGACCGUCAGAGCUUCUACAGCAUGACAACGAGCCCGCUGUACUCGUCCACUGCCGGUACUGCAACCAAUGCAAACAACACGUUUACUUUCAUGACCGGUACCGACGAUGACGGCUCGACAGUCACCCAUACGACAAUCGUCCCCGCCGGCAAGCCCCGCUCUGCGUCGUGCUCCUCGCCUGCAGCAACCUCCAUUUCGUUUCCACAGCAACCGACACCGAGUGUUAGGUAUCUCCCGGCGAUCACAAGCGUAUCAUUCAGAAAAAACAACCCAUCCGCCGUCAUGGACGUUCCGUAUUCCGACAUGCGCUCCGUCUUUCCGCAGGAGUUCGCGCCGAUUCCUGCCGAUGUUGAGCUGGUGAUGCCUGCAAACCCGGCACCGUUAUCUUAUUCCCCAUCCCCGCCGCCGCCGCCACCACCACCAGAAGCAAAGCAUGUAGAACUCACCAUCGAGGAACAGAAGCAACUGAACAAGGAUGCGCUAGCAAAAAGCCCCAUUAGUACUCUCUUAGGUAGCGAUUCGCUGCGCCAACGCUCACUCAGCGAUGGAGCUGCGUCCCUGCCACGUCCCUCCGAUCUGUAUAUCACUGCACCGUUACACAAUGCUCUGCCAAAGUCACCUGCCAGUGACGUCACCUCACCCGCGCUGACGAUCGGAUCUCCUGCUUCUCCGUUAUCCACGCAAGAAAGCCCCGGUGUAGCAGUUUCGCCACGGAACGGAAACGAACCUCAGCUCUCCAUCCCUGCACUGCCAUGUAUUCCGUCCACUGCGUCGGAAUUCACACCGGAUUCCAAGACCGAGGGAUCAAUCGUCGAGUACCAGAAUUGUCUAUGCGUUCAGCACACACGCACACACAUACGCACACACGCACAGACACAUACGCACACACGCACAGACACACACACGCACAGACACACACGAAGAAAAAUUGAGAUGUAGAGAUAUGUGUAGCCACAAGGACAAAAUGCACAAAAAGGCUGAAAAAGAGUGUAAUGGUUUGAGGGAAAGAUGCAAACGGAAAAGUCCGAAGAAAAAAUUGACUGUCACCACCAGGACUCAAACCAUGUUCUAACCACUGAGCAGCAGAGACCCUUCCACAUUUUCAUCAGACUUAGAUGCAUCGCAGAACACUUUGGGAGCUUUUUUCAAUUAUCAAAUUCCGUACGUGCAUUUCCACCGUUCACACCAGUCUAGGGGAACACAGGAAAAUAUGUCCGAACAUCAUUAUUCUGGGUGCAUCACGUCUGGAUGUCAGUAUCAUUAUUAUGAAUUUAUCUCAUGUUUUUGUCACCUGAUAUCGGGAGCGGUUUUCCAGCCGUGCUGCUACCCACAGUCAACUGGGAACUUGUGGCCAGGCACAAGGGGUACAUGGAUGCAGCUAAGGGGGUCGUUCUCGGCACUUGUGCCAGUGGCUGUGAGACUUAUCCACUCACCCCCACCGUUAGGCGCUGCAUCUGCCGCUAGGGUUUAGCCGGUGUAACAGCGGCCGUCGUGAGUUCCCUUCGAGCUUCGGGAACGGACACGAUAAUUUACUUUAUUUGUUUUAUUUUAUCGUUGAUUGGUAUAACUUUCUUUCAGCUCUCAUCAUGCUCAUUGCCCGCGCUAAAUAGGGCUUCAGUGACUACUUGCAUUGUGCGUAUUUAUAUCGAGUUUUGAAAUAUUAUUUUGCUUUGCCAGUAAUCGUUCUGAAGAGAUGGUGCAGUCAGUACAUGUGCUUGG